AUGAACGUCUUCCGUAUAGCGGCUGAUAUGUCGCAUUUGCUCGCGAUCAUCAUUCUUCUGCUCAAGAUCUGGAAGAGCAGAUCGUGCUCAGGAAUCUCGGCGCGUUCGCAGAUUCUGUUCGCUAUCGUGUUCACUGCUCGCUACUUGGAUCUUUUCACCACCUACGUCUCUUUCUACAACACCACGAUGAAGGUAUAAUCUCCGUUUUUUUAAAGAUUUCAUUUCUUUACUUUUCAGAUCACUUUCCUAGUUGCCACUUAUGCUACUGUCUACCUGAUGUUCUUCAAGUUCCGUUCGACCUACAUGCGUGAAUCGGAUACUUUCCGCGUCGAACUGCUCAUCAUUCCCUCUGUCCUCCUCGCCGUACUUAUCAAUCACGACUUCGCCCCAUUUGAAAUUCUAUGGACAUUCUCGAUCUAUCUGGAGGCCGUUGCUAUUCUCCCGCAGCUCUUCCUGCUCCAGUCUACUGGUUCCGCCGAGGUGAGCGCUAUUGAUUCUGCAAAAUGAACGAAAUAAGCGGAAAGCAAUUUCCACUUUCUAAUCAACCAUUUCUGAUAAACUCGGCGUGCUCUCAAGAGCGAUUGUUACAGAUGCUAUUUCGAAAUUCUAUUUUUCUAUAAAAAUUCUAUCGAAUUUUGCCAGUUGUGUCCAACGAGCACAUAUUAGUCAACCUUCCUCCUUGAGAGGCGCAGAAGUGGUGACCCAGCCAGCACGCGGUUUUCUCUGUUCCUUCCUACUCCUUCAUUUGCAGGUCAUCACUGCUCACUACUUGUUCGCCCUCGGAUCGUAUCGCGCCCUUUAUAUCUUUAACUGGAUCUACCGCUAUUACACUGAGGAUUACUUUGAUCCGAUUGUCGUCGUUGCCGGAAUCGUGCAGACUGUCCUUUACGCCGAUUUCUUUUACCUUUACGUGACCCGCGUCGUCCAGGCUCGCAAGGGAAUGGAGCUCCCGAUCUAA